GGCACUCAGUCAUUUGAAGUUUAAGAUGUUGGCUUAUGCUAACACCACCCUAAGGAGGAGUCACUGAGGUGUUGAUUUGUCCAUGUGUGGAAAAAGCUGAUCAAGAGUGCCACUUCUCAGGGAUGUUCUCCAGAGGACACAUCAGUGGACAGGACGAACCCUACAAAUCAGAGCUACUUCCACUCUCGCCCAAAAGGCUAGACCUGCAGGAAAAGAGAUCUCUGAGCCCCAAAGUGGUGCGAAACCUGCACAGAAAGCUACAAAAAUACCUGCAGGGGACAGAGGAUAACUCCCUUUAUGACCUGUCAUCAGUGGAUUCUACCUGCGCCAAAGAUGACCUCACCCUGUCUGAGGAAAUCAGCCGUUCUGAUUGCCGGGAUGGGAUCAGGGUUGGGGAAGAUAGUUUACCCAGAAUCCGAAAUGAAGAGAAAAAGGAGAUGGAUGAUGAGGAGACGGAGCAAGACUCUAGUAACAUAGUGGAGCAUAUACUAAAAGAGUUGAAAGGCAUUAACAAGAUCCAGGAGGAAAUUUCUGACCUGAGGCAGUAUCUAACAUCUGUACGAGGCUCCGUGGAUGAAGUAUCUUGUUGUGUCGAUGCAGUGCUCAGUGAAAUAGGUGAGCUGUACUCUGGGGCUUCAGUUGCACCUCCCCCUAGUCCUGUUUCACAAACACACCGCACCAGGCAAGGAAGCUUGGGUAGACAGAACGCCAUCACUUCUCUUCAGGGGAGAGACACCAGUCCAAUGUUGGAUCGCGGAGAUUGUGGAAAAGAUUCGGGAUGUGUACCAUCUCACAGAUCACUCAAACAAUGGCAUGUUAAUAGAGCCACUCUGCAAUCGGACCAGCAAACAGACCAAGAAAACUCAAAGCAAAAGAGUUCAACCAUGCACAUCCUAGGCCCUACAAAACCUGGCCCCUGCUACAUGGAGCUUCAUCGUGGCCAUGGCUACCAAAGCACUAGCUCUUUGUCAUCGUGUCACAGUUCCAAUUGUCCAGAAGCAAGUCCUCUCUCUGGGGAAACGGAAUGUGACAGGUGGCCUUCUUCUGUUGAUAUGCAGCAUAGUACAAGUGGAGAAGGAGGUUGGAGUGAGGAGGACAUCUGCUCUUGUGCAAACAGUGGAGAAGAGCUAGAUAAUUGUCUUGGUGUUUGGGACAGGUGUGCCACAGAAGAGACACAGAGCAGCACACCAGGCCAUUCUUCACAGAACAGCUCUGAGCAUCUUUCACUGCUGUUUGGACACCAAUACAACACUCCCUCUAGUUCUUCCAGCAUAGUGGACUGGAUGCCCCACGUACUACAAAAUGAGAGAGAAAACUUGGAGUGUGACUGUUAUACAAACUGCCCAUACUCAUGUAGUUCUGGUUACCACACCAUUAAUGCUUGUACAAAUGAAGUGGGUAGUGAGCCCUCCAGGAGUCUGAGUUGCUCCACUGUGCUUUUGACAGACUGUGAUGAUGGUUACCUGGAGCCACAUGCACUAUGCAAUGACUGUCCAUCUUCUGGUGACACUCUUGAUCUGGACUCUUCUGACAGUUUGGACAGGGAGUGGACAGAUCAUAGUAUCUCCAGGGAUGAAACAGGAGAAUCUUUGUCACAAGAGUCUUCUGAAAUAGGUCCUGAUAGUGCAGCUGUCACCCCAAAUGUAGGUCUUGACAUGAUAACUUUUAGCAAGGCUGUAGUCACUUUCAGGUCAGCUGUGAAAGGGGCUUUGAAAAAGUUGGAAGGAUCUAACCCUCAAGGUGUUAAAGAUGAUAGUGAGUCUGAGGCAUGUCUAUCUCCUGUCAGACAAGCCAGUGAACCCAAGAAGGAGGAGGCCAGAACAGAGUAUACAGAAGGAGAGGUUAGCCUGACAGAGAAUCACACUCAUUUUGGCACUCCAGAGGAGGAAAGCGAGGCUUCGGUCUACAUGGAUUGUGGUGAGACACAUGAGAACAUGUCGAGCUCCCAUCAAGCAUCCCCACAUGAUGCAAGCCAGUCUCUCCGCACCCCAACUGAGUAUCACUCUUUAGAGAUUUCACAGGCCAAAGGAGAAUGUCCAACGGAUGGGGAACUGUCCAGCAUUGACGUAACACCAGAACAUUGUCCAAGGCAGGCUGUAAGUCCACUGGGCCCAGAACUCUGUACAGAUGAGGUGCGGUUAGGUCCAAUUAGGGAAAACUACAUCCUUGAUGAGGUAAAUCCGGAAAAGGCUACCGAUGCCACUCACAAAGAGCGUAUGGCUAAGUUCCAGCGCAUUCUGAGGGAAAAGAGGCAAACCCGUCAUAGACUGUCCAAAUCAUCUCAGGGGUCCCAUGGCUCUCAAGGGUCCCAUGGCUCUCAAGGAUCUCAAGGAUCUCAAGGAUCCCAAUCUCAAGAGGAGUUUAUGUCAGAGUGUGGGAGAGAAGAUAAUCAGGUUACCCAUAACAUCAGCUCCAUGUUUCAGCUAAAGUUUUUUUUUUCUGUUUUUUAUUGUUGUAGUGUAAUUUUGUUUUUCUUUUGCCAUUAUUUGUCUUUGUCAAAGGGAAUGCUUGUGUGUACUUCAAAGCAUAAUGCACUAUAUUCAAAUGAUCCAGGUUAGCAUAGAUCUAACAUGUAAGAAUAAUAAUUGAAAAUAUCAUCCUGCUAUUCUGGAAAAACAUUUGUCCCAUCACUUCAGUUAUUCUGUAUAAUAAAUAGUUUAUCAUUGAUUUCAUUCAUGGUGUAGCUUUAGAGUCUGAUUCCCCAGUGCCACUUUUAAUUCAGCAUUAUAUUUUCCCCAAAAGUUUUUCAAACGCCAUCUGAAACUUGCACUUGGUUUCAACUUGGGUCAUCUGAAGGACAGAUAUACAGACACAGAUGAAAGAUUUUACCUUUUAGGAAAUAGUAAAAAUGCAUAUAC